CGGCAUCAUGACCCGUAGAAUGGUAACACGACGAAGGCCAUUGUCGGGGCCCAGUUCGUCAGGUUUGAGUGAGGGUGCAGUCGCUAUACUGUGUCUACUGAUGUGCUUCGCCGCAAGAGAGGCGCUGGCUUCAGGAGCUUCUUCCCGAGGGAGGGCAGGGGGCACUUCAACAGCCGGUGGUUCUGGAGGGCGUAUAUCAGGGAACAGUAAGGACGCAGGGGGUGGAGCUUUUUCUUUUGUAAGUGGGACCGUACCAAAGGUCACACUGGACGAGACCGUCGACUCCGAGGAGCAGGACAUCAGGGAAGAGCAGCGGCGCGGUCGCUGGAGCUUUGGGCAAGAUCAUGAUCCUGUCGUUUCCGCCAUCCAAAGUAUGAAAGAUCUGUUCCCCAAUGUGCGUGUCUCAAUGGACCCCACGACAUCUCUCAAGCUGAGAAAGCGAAUCUACCCGUUGAAAACCGUUCUCACGCUCGGAGCCGAUUACAACACCCAAAUAGGGGUGUGGCAAUUUCGCUCUACAUGGGAAGAUUCCAUCAUCGGGGGUAGAAUCAGCAUCGCAGGACGGGAAGUGAUGCUGACGAAAUCGUGGUUACUCAAGGUCAUGGACUCGGAAGACGUUGCAACGCGGUUAAAGUUCCGAGCAGCCAUCAACACACGAGACUGGACGGCGUACGCCAAGUUUGGUUUCCGAACAGAGCGCAUAUCGCCUCUGAACAUCAAGGAUGGCUUCCAGCUGGCGAAGAAGUUCCCGCUUGAUGGAAAUAAUGGCCAUGCCAAACUCGAGGUCGUGUCCAAGCUCGCACUACCGGAGCCGGAACUCCAGUUUAGUACAAAUGGUGACACAAGCAAGGGGGUUGUGAUCGGCAUGGGUGAUGUAAAUCUUGGGAUAGAGGAGUUCAACCUGUUGCUUGAGUACUGACGAAAGUAUUUCGCAGGGCAAGGAGUGUGUGUGACGGUGCGCUGUAAAGUGUCAAGAAGAUGGGACGGACCUGGCCGUGUGAUUAAUGUUGUGGUGUGGCAAUGAGGAGGCUGGUAGUACUCAACUCUCCUGGUCAGCAGCAUCGCAAGUGGUGUUUUAUCUUUGUCUGGUUUCGGGCUACCGGUGUUGGGGCGGAUGCAACAAUUCGCCUUGGACGUAUUGUCACGGCGUGCUUUUCAACGCAGUGGUCUAACCAAGGGGUCUCAAGGCACCGAACUAGAAAAGUAUAUCCGACAGCACAGUUUUCGUCUACAAGACCUGCGGAUGAAAAGUUUUUAGCAGGCUUCCCCACUCACUGCAAAGACUUCCAACAUAUCCCUUCGACUGCGGUAUUUUCUCGAACGGGUAGGUAGUCUUUCAGUGAUUGCAUGUGCAAUUCUGAGAAUCGGAAUGGUGUUGCACGCUUCGGUGCGCUACAGUAGCCCGCGAUGGCUGGAGAGCGCAUAUUCAGCCAUGAGCGCAGCUGGCCACGGCGCUAUGCAUUCCGGCAUUUGUUGUGCGGGAAGACGUUCACUGUCUUUGGGUAUUGACCUUGAGGUCACAACACGUUCUUAGGUGAAUGAGGUUAGACCGGAAUAUGCAGGUUGUGUCUCCUGGAGCAUGCUGAAUUUUUUCUCCGUCCCGUUGAGGAUGAUACCUGUAGACCAGAGUUUGGAGUCAUUGCACCCCGCCCAGCAUUGCAGUAACGCAAGGGAAAGGUGCCGUAGGAGUACGUGAACUCCCACUGUGAUGCUAUUUAUAUCGUAGUUCCUUGGC